UUCCCGCUUCCCUCGUAACCAAUGGCAACAGAAAAGUUGGUGCUUUCUGACCAGCCAAAACCACAGGCUACGAGUGGAGACAGUUAAACACAACCUAUUUUUGGAAUUACGAAUGUGUUUGUCUAUAGACAAGAAUGGCACCCAAGAAACAACGGAGGUCCAGAAGUGCUGCAAGGAGACAGGAGAAAAGCCAGCCUCAUUGCAUCUAUCCUCUGGCCCUGACGUCAGCCACGCAGGAGCUUUUUGAGUGUCGUGCUGAUGAGGAUGUCACCAGGGACCGCCCUUAUAAGCUGCUAAGAAAACACGCCAUCAUACAGGACAUAAAGACCCGAGCUGCGGUGUCUGAUUUCAGCCCUGUGGAGCAGAUCCUGCUGGACUAUGCAGAGGAAGAGAUUCUGCUGGUUUUUGACAACGACUCCGCUUUUGGUCAAAGCUUCUACUUGGAUUUGACACCAGAGGCCAAGCACAGAUUAACCAAACUUCACGAUUCUGAGCUGUUUGAGGAUGAAAUGAGAAAAACUCCAGAACCAAAGAAUUCCACAUCUUUCAUCACCGAAAAGGAAAUAGAGCAGGAAUCCGUAAAGGAAAGAGAAAAGCUGAGGCUGAAAUUCUCAAGACUGCAGGUGGAGUUGGGGACCCCAGUCUCUUUGUCUGACUACAACGUUGCAGAUUCAAAGCAUAACUAUGUGGAGUUUCCCUCCUACCAAGACAACAGAUCCUUCAUCAAGGUGAUGCAGAGGGACUGUGGGAUACAGGCAGUUUCCAGAUUGCAAAGCGAUGCCACUCAAACAGCAUGGAAGCCUAAGAAGAACGACUUUACUCAGUACAGUCCUCAAGAAUUCAGCCAGGAGGAAAAAGAAGCCAUCAUUCAGAGCGAGAGUCUGAAGAACUUUUCCAAGUCAGUGAUCCCCAGGGUGUUGUGUGCCCUUCAACAGCAGGAGAUUGGAGACGUGUUUGUUGAUGAUUUUGAGGCUCUGGGGACAGCAGCCGAUGCUGGCGACCUCCCAGGACAGACGUCUGACCUGCUGGUUUUUCACAAGGGCUUCACAGACAAAAUGCACACCAAAGACAGGAAAAUCAGCUGCGUGAACUGGCAUCCAACCAUCCCUGGUGUGAUAGCUGUGGCUUUGACAACGAAAAAGGGGGAAGAGUUGAUCGACUCUGCCGUGUUUGGCUCCCGACCUUCUUACAUUGUCGUCUACAGCUUCUCCUUCCCCACUAAUUCCCAGUUGCUGCUGAGAAGCCCUGGGGACAUUUUAUGCUUCGAGUUCUGCCCCUCAAAUCCAAAUGUCAUUGCUGGUGGCUGCAUAAACGGACAGGUUGUGCUGUGGGACAUCUCGGCUUACGUCACGUGCUUACAGGGUACCCAGCCCAGCGGGACACAUUCCUCAGACAAUAAAGACACAUUUAACUUUGAUGAGAAGAAAGCGGGGACUCCCACUGUGGACUUCUCCGCCAUGUCUGAUAUAAAAGCCACCCACAAAGCCAGGAUCACUGAUAUCCAUUGGCUGCUGCCAUCAGUUCAGGUAAGUUCAGCAGGUGUGCCUGUGGAGAACACAUCCAACAUUUCUGUUCAGAUCGUCACCUGUGGCCUUGAUGGCACCAUUAUGUUUUGGGACUUGAGAGUGCCAACAGUUCCAGAGCAGCCACUGGCAGCUACGAAGCAGGAAGUGGACCAGAGGACCACAGGGACAAGCUGGAGUGUCCCUCAACCCUUCAAACACCUGAGGUCCACAUGGAAACCUCUGUUCAAGAUGGAUUUCAGUGAUGAACAUGUUCCUGUGAAGUUUAGCAUGGAUCUGUGCACCUGCCACAGGAACACAGCAAAGGAGCUUUCAGAGAACCAGCCAGACUACAGUCAGCUCAGAAUACCUCCAGCCAAUGAAAUGAGGGUUUUGGAAGAUGUGAACACAAGGUUCUACGCAGGAACUGAGGAUGGGGAGAUCAUUUACAUUGACUGGAAAGUGGGAAAGGAUGAGUCUGGGCAGCAGUUCAGUCCAAAGCCGCUCGUCUGCGUGAGAGCUCAUCUGAUGAUGGUGAACACAGUGCAGAGAUCCCCCUUUUUCCAGGACAUUAUUUUGACAUCAGGACCCUUGCACUUUGCUAUCUGGAAAGAGGGCGUUACGGAAGGCCCCCUGGUCAAGUCUCAGUGGAGCGGGGAUGAAAUCACCAUGGGAUGUUGGUCCUUGUCACGGCCCGCUGUGUUCUUCAUCGGGAAAGCCAACGGCUGCUUGGAAGUGUGGAACCUGCUAGAAAACGGCGUCAAACCUGUGCAUGUCCAGAUGCAUAUCACCAGCUCCAGGAUCACCUGCCUCAAACCCUGGGCUAUGUCCUUAAGGAAGCAUUUCCUCGCCGUGACAAAUGACCUUGGAAGUCUCCGCAUCUUUGAGAUUUUAAGGACACUCUACCAUCCUUCCAAGAAUGAGCUCUCACGCAUGGAAAAAUACUUUGAAAUGGAGACAGACUAUUUGAGGUUUUGGCAAGAUAAGGAAAAACUCUGGUCCAAAGAGAAGAAGGUGGCAGAGAAACCAGAACAGAAAAACGUGGAACCCAGCAGAUCAAUUAAAUCCGUGUCCACCGCUGAAGAACAGGAGCUGAAAAAGUACAAUGACUUCAAGAUGUUUGAGGAAAGCAUCCUAAAGGAAAUGGGGCUGUGGCCAUCUGCUGGCUCAAAGAAUACCAGUAAUCCCAUUCACAAAAUGGAUUAAUUGUCCAUCAAGUAUAGUAUUUUUGUUCUCAAAUUUAUUAUUAUUCUUUGCAUUGAAAAGAUACUGAAAUUUCUGACAUUUAAACCUCCGUUAACUGUCUUUUCUUGCAUAAACUAAUCAACAGUUAGAAUAUUUCUGUUUCGUUUUUUUGCCUGAAAUGUUGUGAGUGAAUAAGAUUCUAUUUAGAGAAGUUCAGUUUUUCCCCUAGAAGUUUUUAAUUUUCUGCAAUUUCUAGAUGUAAUAUUAUAAAAAUGUUGUUUCAUUAGAUAAAUUAUUGAUAAAUGGUUUCAUAGCCACGCCUUGCGAGGAUUUUCUCACUGUUGAUGGGGUUUCUAAUAAACAAAACCUGGUUUAACCAAAAAAA